CUUGUCGUUGCUCUCAUUUUGCCCAGCUCGACGCAGUCCACCUCAGAGCCAUGACUGACGACGGCGAGCAGGCCAUCCUGCAUCUCGAGACGGGCUCCGAGUGGCGCUUCGAGCUCGAGGCUGACGAGAACAUUGCGAUUAGGGUGCACACCAACGACCCGGUCUAUAUCAACGGCGAGGAGCUGCCCCCGACGACAUGGUACCCGAUCUACCGGAAUACCAAGUCGGCCGUCUACAGCCCAAGCGAGGCGCGAUUGGAAGUGUCCACCUACCCGGCAUCACAAUACACCUCAACCUCGACGACCCAGCCCCACCUGAACUCGCUCCACCUCGCCCUUGAGCGCCUGCGAAUUCUUGCGCGCCGAGGGCAGGCGAGUGACCCCACAGCGCGCGGCCCACGCGUGCUCGUCCUCGGCCCACCGAGCUCGGGCAAGACGACGGUGGUCAAGAACCUCGUCAACCUCGCCCUCGGCUCGGGGCUGGGGUGGAACGUCGGCGUCGCGGGCCUCGACCCAGCAAGUCCAUCAAACCUCAUCCCCGGCACCCUGUCCCUCGCGACACCCACACACCCGCUGCCAACGCACCACCUCGCGCAUCCGUUCGGCUCUCCGCCUGCAUCCGUCCCGUCCAACACGCUGAGUGCAGACGUGUCCACCUUGGGAUGGUGGUAUGGCGGACUGGAGCCCACGACCCGCGGGCUUCCCAUCUGGACCAAGCUGGUCACGGCGAUGGGCGAGGCGUGGUCCGCGCGGUGCGCCAAGGACCCUACAGUGCUCGCCUCGGGCCUGUUUGUAGACGCGCCAAGCUCGUUCACAAACCCGACACUUGGUCAGACAAAGGAGAACCCCAAGGCGCGGUAUCCCCUCCUCACACAGGCGGUCGACGCGUUCGAAGUCGACGUCGUCCUUGUCAUCGGGCAAGAAAAGCUCACCGUCGAGCUCAGCCGCCUGCUCGAGUCGCGCAACGUCAAGGUCAUUCAGAUCCCCAAGUCGGGUGGCGUGGUCGACGUCGACGACACCUACCGCGAGGUCGUGCACGCUGCGCAGGUGCGCUCGUACUUCUAUGGCGAGCCGGCGCUGCCCGCCAACCUCAGCAAACUAGUGGGGCGCACAGUACCCCUCGGCAUCUCACUCUCGCCAUACUCGUUCCAGAUCGGCUGGGACACGCUGCAUAUCCUGCGCGUAGGCGAGGGCUCGGCUGCACCCACCUCCGCCCUGCCGCUUGGUUCGACGCACAUUCUCUCGCCGACGAGACUGACCCGUGUCGAUCCUGGCGGACCAGCACACGUCGUCCGCCUCCUCAACACCGUGCUCGCCAUCGUGGCCAUCACGCCCGAGGACAAGAUCGUGCCGGAGGACAAGGUCAAGGUCGAGGAGGAGGAAGAAGUAAAGGAGGAAGAAGGCGAGGACACGCUCGACGCUGUCGCCGGCAAGGUCGAGCUCGAGGAGGACGAGGUCCCCUUCCGCGAGGAGAUUGGUUGGCGCGAGGUGCUCGGGUUUGUCGUCAUCACGGGCGUCGAUGCGCUCAAGCGCAAGUACACCGUGCUCUCGCCCAGCCCAGGCAAGCUCCCGUCCACAAUCGCCAUCGCGGGCCAGAUCGAGUGGGUCGACUCGGCGUAGAGAUAGAAACGAAACGUAGCACCGCGCACGCACAGCGCGACUCAUAGUGACCAGCCAUGCAUGUUGCCAGAUCCCCU